AUGGCUCCAAUCAGGACGUCGAAGGCCGCGAAGAAAAAGGAAUGUUACUCCCAUGAAAGCCUUCCUGGCUUCGUCAACAAUAUAUGCGAAGGAUGUGGCGUGAGGGUACUUGACCGGCACAACCAGAAAAUGCAUAAAAUAGGGCACUUGUCGGAUAACUUGUGGUGGGCAGAUGCCGUCAAGCGACCUUACCGCUGCACAUACUGCGGGAUGGGAUUUUCCCAAUCCAAUGGGUGCAGGAGACACGAAGCGGCCUUCCACGACGCGAGCCUGAAGAAGCCAUGUCCCGAUUGCGAUAAGGCGUUCGCCUGCUUGGGAGGCCUCUUGCGCCACCGUAGAAAGAAGCAUAACUACGAGACGCCGAACCCGCGUGGGCCGAGGGAGGAACCAUACGAGAUGGCAUCGUCGACUGGGCCCUCGAAGGAGAAUACGUCCAACGACUCGAACGACGACAAGCAGGCUCCGACAUCCGCUACCCCUCAGACGGAGAUCUCGCCCCUGCAUAGGACCCGCGAAUGGGUCAAUCGUCUGCCUACUGCGAACCGUUUCGAUGAGAACGUGCCAUCUGUCGACUCUCACAACCAACCGUACGAUCCCUCGGUGGAGUAUGUUGGCGCGUCCGGCCAUCCAGUCAGCAACGAGCUAGUCGCCGCGACGUUCGACAUGACCCCCUCGACGCUGGGCUACGACUACAGCGACUUCGCGACGCCUAUCGACACCAACUUCGCGGACCCCCAGGCGCUAGCUUCGCCCUUUGGGCCAGCUUUCGACGACACACCUUGGCCGGCGGAGGACACGCUCCAUCUCCCCGUCUCGAUGAGCGAGCCACCCUCCGAAUACGCUCCGGCGCAGGACUGGUUCCCGCCUAUAGAAAACUACGACUUUCACUCGGUCUCGACUUCGCGCCUCUCGUCGCCUUUGGAGGUCACGUCGCUGCCUCCAGUGGCCGACUUUGCGCAGGAGCAUUGUGCACCUGCAGCCUUUGACCAGCCCGCCUUCGACGAGUACGGUUGGCUCGCCGAUGCGACGACGUGGUCUCCUGACGAGACGAACAACGCGUCCCCUAACGCGUUCGACUUCGACUAUGGCAACUGGCAUCAUGAGCAGCCAGCAAUGCCUGGAACCUCGCGUCGGCCUCGUUGAAAUCGCAAGUGAUAGCACUUCGUGUGCUGACGCUCGCUUUCACAACCAAAGAAGAGCCUGCGCGUGGGCUUCCUCGUACCAGCGGUAUUUCCUGGCUCUGCGCCGCGCG